AUGGUUUAUGGACGGAGCAUAGCAGCUGGCAUUUGCUUCAUGACAAUUGUUUUGCUUCUAUCAGGUCUGGUCUUCUAUCUCAGCUUGGGACCCUGCCCCACGGGCAGCUUUGCGUGCAACAAUGGCAUACAGUGCGUGCCGCAGCGCCAAAUGUGCGACAAGCAUCUCGACUGUGCGGAUGGCAGCGAUGAGAAUCCGGUCGAGUGUGGCAAUCUUUACGGCAGCAAGGAGCUGGCCGAUAAAAUCGUGCGUAAUGCUAUUGAAAAGAAGAAGCAGCAGCAGCUACAGCAACAACAGCGUCUGGCUAUAGUUAGUUCAAACUCCAGCGCCUGGGAUUUGUCGUCGCUGGCGAACAGCAGAAAUCAAAGCCUGCUCAUGCCCUGCGCUAUAACAACAUAUCCACGUGUGUGCCGAUGCGGCGGUGGCACGAUGCUUUACUGUGGCAAAUUCGCCAAGCUGCGACGCUGGCCGCGCAUCAGCGAUGAGGUGACAAAUCUGUUCAUCAUACGCAACAAUCUGACACUGAGAGAGAAUUUGUUUGCCAACUUAACGCGUCUACAGAAACUUACACUCAAGUAUAACAACAUAUCACGCCUGCCAGUGGGCAGCUUCAGCGGUCUGCCACAUCUGGAACGACUCGAGGUGGGCCACAACAAUUUUAGCCAAUUGCCACAUGGCAUAUUCAGGGAUUUGCCGGCGCUGCAGUGGCUCUUUCUGGUGAACAAUCAGUUGCGCCACUUUCCCAUGGACCAGCUGGCUGAAAUGCACAAGCUGGAGUGGCUCGUCUUGAGUCACAAUCGUCUGACUCUGCGGAACGAGCAGCUGGCCAAAAGUCCCAAACUCGUCGAAAUCUUCUUGGAUAACAAUCGCAUCGAAUACAUUGGCGCGAAAACGUUUGCGCAAUUGGAUAAUUUGGAGCUGCUAGAUCUGCAGUAUAAUCUUAUCACACACAUACACUUGGAAGCCUUUGCGAAGCUGAAAGCAAUUCUGGAUAUCCGCCUCAUUGGCAAUCCCAUUAAGGAAUUAUCUGGCGAAACAUUUAUGUACAAUACCCACCUGGAGGCACUCUCCCUGGCUUACAUGCCGCUGCACAUCGAUCGCAAUUUGAUGGAUUCGCUGAAUGUUUCCUUCUUGAAUCUGACGGGCAUCGAGUUUGAGCGCAUUGACUUUGAUGCACUCAACAGGAUGACCAAUCUGAAGUACAUAGUGUUUGAUCGCUUCUACUUCUGCUCCAUGACGCCGCAUGUGCUGAUGUGUAAGCCCAAGACGGAUGGCGUUAGCUCGUUUAAGGAUCUGCUGAGCAAGCCCUUGUUGCGUCACUCCACCUGGUUCAUGGCAACGCUCUCCAUAGUGGGCAAUCUGAUGGUACUUUGGGGUCGCUUCAUCUAUCGCGAUGAGAACGUGGCGGUGACCAUGGUCAUCAGGAAUCUAGCGCUAGCCGAUAUGCUAAUGGGUUUCUAUCUGCUCAUGCUAGGCGUUCAGGACUAUCGCUACAGGGAUGAAUAUCAUAUGGUGGCUCGCGAUUGGCUGAAGUCGUGGCAAUGCAAGGCAAUUGGUACGCUGGCUGUAAGCUCCUCGGAGGUAUCCAUGCUGAUAUUGGCAUUCAUGUCGUUGGAACGCUUCCUGCUCAUAGCGGAUCCUUUUCGUGGGCAUCGCGCGAUCAGUGUGCGCAUCAUUUACUUUUCGCUGCUGUGCAUUUGGGUAACUGGUGUGGGUCUGGCUGUGACGCCCCUAGUCAUCUGGUACUCCAGCAGUCAGUUCUACGGCACUCACUCUGGCACCUGCUUUCCAUUGUUCAUACACGAGGCAUAUCCACUGGGCUGGCAGUACUCGGCAUUUGUCUUUCUCGGUGUUAAUUUGCUGCUGCUGCUGAUGAUAGCUUUACUGUAUACGGCCCUGUUGAUCUCUAUUUGGCGUACGCGCAGUGCCACGCCCCUUUCGCUGCUGGACUGUGAAUUCGCGGUGCGUUUCUUUUUCAUUGUGCUAACCGAUGUUCUGUGCUGGGCGCCGAUAAUAGCGAUGAAGAUCUGGGUGUUCUUCAAGUACAACAUUUCCGAUGAUAUCUAUGCUUGGCUGGUCGUCUUCAUAUUGCCCCUUAAUUCGGCUGUCAAUCCGUUGCUCUAUACCUUCACUACGCCCAAGUAUCGUAAUCAAAUCCUACUGCGCGGCUGGAAGAAGAUAACGUCACGUAAGCGAGCGGAGACGGGACAUGGUAAUGUGGCCAAUACCACAACGGGCACUGCGACGGGCUCCUCACAGAAUCCAGAAGAAUAUACAACCACCACAGGCACAAAGGCUAUGCCGCUUGCUUUGACGCUGAGCCACUGAGCCUAUACUUUGAUAGCUCCAUAU